CUAUAUACCUGGCCUGGGAUAGGUUCAUUAUAAGCCUGGGAUUCUGAGUGAUCAAAAUGUUGGAUAUACUCCUUACAGUACUCAUAGGAUUUAUUGUCCUUGGGAUAUUAGUCCAUGUGAGAUAUCCAUGGAUAUGGCUAGACAUACAGUUUUUUCUUCUGGUGCUUCGAGGAUUAAAACGUUUUAUCAAGUGGAAAAAUUCUGGUACCUUCUUACCUGACUUGUUUGAGGAAGCAGUGAGGAAAGAUCCGAAUAAGGUUUUUCUGAAGUAUGCUGAGCAGGUGUAUACAUACAAACAAGCAGAUGAAAAUGCUAAUAAGAUAAGUCACUGUCUGAAAGAGUUGGGACUGCAAAAGGGAGACAUCUUGUCGCUUAUGAUGUUCAAUGAGCCGGCAUUCAUCUGGAUAUAUCUAGGAGCACUUAAAAUUGGAGUAAAGGUUGCAUUUUUGAAUUACAAUUUGCGUGCCAAAUCUUUGCUGCAUUCCUUAGAUGUGAGUGGGGGAAAGAUUCUUAUCAUUGGUGCAGAAAAUGAACUUAUCAAAGCCAUACAGGACAUUAAAGGACCUCUUGAAAACAAUAGCAUUCCAGUAUACAUCUCUGGUACCUCAGAUCCACCUCCUGGAUUCAUCUCUCUGACCAACAUGUAUUGUAAUGCUUCUAAGGAACCUAUCAGCGCAACAGAAAGAGAAGGAGUGAAGGUGACUGACCCAGCCUGUUUCAUAUAUACAUCAGGAACUACAGGUCUCCCGAAAGCUGCCAUUGUUACACAUGCAAGAUGCCUGAGGGGAUCCCUGGUUGGUAGCUAUGCAGAUAUGGCAGCGAAUGAUGUGUUCUAUAUUGUUAUGCCGCUAUACCAUUCAGCUUCAAAUCUUAUAGCAUUUGGAGGUGUCAUUGCAUCAGGGGCCACCAUUGUAUUGAGAAACAAGUUCUCUGCAAGAUGUUUUUGGGACGAUUGUCGCAACUAUGAUGUAACAAUUAUACAGUACAUUGGCGAGAUAUGUCGAUACCUUGUGGCCCAACCUAAGAACUCACAAGAUGGCAUUCAUAAAAUCAGAGUGGCAUAUGGGAAUGGCCUACGUUCUGAUAUCUGGCAGGAAUUUAAAGAUCGUUUCAAGAUACCAAGGAUACUUGAGUUUUAUGCCGCAACAGAGGGCAAUGCAGGUUUCCUCAAUAUCGACAACAAAUUUGGAUCAGUAGGGCGGUUGUCACCUCUUCUGCAAAAGAUUUUCCCAGUAGAGUUUGUGAAGUAUGACAUUGAGCAGGGUGCUGCUGUACGAGAUUCUAAUGGCAGAUGUAUCAAAGCUGAAAAAGGGGAAGCAGGCCUAAUGGUAUGUAAGAUCAAGAAGGAUUCAGAGUUUGAUGGUUACAAGGGGCAAGCCUCAUUGACCAACAGUAAGAUUCUGCAGGACGUUCUAGUACCUGGGGAUCAGUACUUCAACUCAGGGGAUCUCUUCACAAGGGAUGACAUGUAUUUUAUCUAUUUCAAGGACCGGAUUGGAGAUACAUUCAGAUUUAAGGGUGAAAAUGUGUCUACAAUGGAGGUUUCGAAUGUAUUAUCUAGUUGUUCCUUUAUACAAGACGCAUGUGUUUAUGGAGUUGCUGUGCCAGGCUAUGAUGGUAAAGCUGGCAUGGCAGUAGUUUCACUAACUGAACACCAGGUGGAGCUGUCAAACACUCACCUCAGAGACAUCUUUCAUCAUCUACAGGAACUACUUCCUCCCUAUGCACAACCGAAAUUCCUCCGCCUGGAGAAAGAGAUCUCGCUGACAGGGACUUAUAAGCAGAUGAAGGUCAGUUACUCACAAGAUGGGUUCAACCCAGCUGCUAUUGAUAGCCCUUUAUAUAUUGUCGACAACAGGAACAAGACUUAUGUAGUGUUGGAUAGUAAAUUGUAUGAGGAAGUAGUUAGAGGUGAUUUCAAACUCUAGAAAGCAAUAUGAAAAGAAUAUCUGCAGUAUUCCACAGUGAUUAGGUUCAUCAGUGAAUUGAAGAUAAUCUGUUUGAGUACCAAAUGCAGCUGCUUUGUCAUUAUUAAUACUGGUAUGAUGUCAUUGCAAUUGAAAGAUAAAAGUUCCAUUUCCAAUUUGGAUCUAUUUUAGACAAAGUUUCACUCAGUUUUGUCUUAAAACUGAAAAGGUGAAAAUACGCCAUAAUACA